UUGGUAAAGCCGAAAAAAAGAAAGAAAGAAAGAAAAGGAAUGUUUGAGUAUCUGCCAUUCGAAGUGUUGCUGGAGAUCCUGCAUAGACUACCCUUGAAAUCCCUAAUUCAAUUCAGGUGCGUUUCCAAAUCAUGCAACUCUCUAAUUACAAGUCCUGCCUUCAUCAAUUCCAGUCUCACUCGAUCACACUCCAAUUCCAACAAAUUAAUUGUUAGGUAUUUGGAUGUCAAACCCCAUGUAGAGCGCUACAAAUUAAUACACGAAGACAAUGACAAUAAUGACUCCUUAUCUGAACAAAUUCAAGAUCUUGAGUUCCCACUAAGGAGUAGAUGCGAUUGUUUUCAAUUAGUCGGUUCCGUGAAUGGAUUGUUUUGCCUUUAUGAAGAAAACCGCUUUAUUCUUUGGAAUCCUUGUAUUAGAAAAUUUAUUAUCCUUCCCAAGACUUCCGUUACUGGCCUCUUUCCUUGUUACUUAGCGUUGGGGUUUGAUUCAAGGGACAAUGAUUAUAAGGUGGUGAGAAUUGCAUAUCAAUUAGUAAAAAUUAGGUCCGAAGGUGCCAAACCACCUCUGGUUGAGGUUUACUCUGUAAGAGAGGGAUCUUGGAGAAUAACUAGUGGUGGCGACUCAUAUCCGCCUAAGAUUACUAUUAGUAAUUGGCCCCAUCAAGCAGCUUCUUUAAAUGGAGCUGUUUAUUUUCCGGCGAAUGAUUGGGGCGAAGCCCAGAGUUCAGUAGUUUUGUCAUUUGAUUUAGGUGAUGAGGUUUUCCGCGUGAUAUCCUUGCCAAAUGGUAAAUUCAAAUUGACUGCUCAUAUUGUUACCUCAGUAUUCAAAGGAUUGCUUUCUCUAAUAUGUUAUGAGCAUCAGCAUAUGGGCGAGUAUUAUAUGGGCAGUGUCAAGUGUUGUUCUGUUUGGGUUAUGAAAGAGUAUGGUGUUGUGGAUUCUUGGACUAAACAGUUCACUAUUGACCUCGAUAUGCAAUAUUGGAAAGUGUUAGGUUUCUGGAAGAAUGAUCAUAUAUUAGUGCAGAAAAUACAACUAGAUGGUUCGAUGCUCAUUUCAUAUGACCCUGAGAGCCAACAAGUGAACAAUUUGGGAUUUUAUAGAAGCAGAUGGCAUUCUUAUUCUUAUGUUGAUAAUUAUGUGGAGAAUCUUGUCUUACUUGACAAACCAAAUGAUGCAGUUUCCAAGAGGAAAGUGAGCAAGAAGAGGAAGUGCAGGUAACAAAAAUACAUAGGGCUGAAGGAUGCAUUCACGUAAUGUGGCAGCUGUUUUUUCUUUUUGUCCAGAUUUGUUUUUUGGCCUAUGGAUCUUUGUCAAGCCUUCUUUGUUUGGAAAGGAUCAUUUAAAAUUUUAGACAAAAAUGUUAAGUGUCUUUCUAAGUCUAGGCUAGUUUUAAUUUUUUU